CGGGCGCACCGGCCGUGGAGGAUUGUGGGGGAAGAUGGCGGCCGCGGUUCACCGCCAGCUUGUCCGGGUCCUGCCAAUGUCACGUUCUGCCAUUACUGCAAUAGCUACAUCCCUGUUUCACGGCCCACCCUGCCGCCAUCUUCAUCAUGCGCUCAUACCUCAUGGGAAAGGUGGGCGUUCUUCAGUCAGUGGGGUGGUGGCCACUGUGUUUGGAGCAACAGGAUUCCUGGGCCGAUAUGUUGUCAACCAUCUUGGACGUAUGGGAUCACAGGUGAUAAUACCCUAUCGGUGUGAGAGAUAUGACACCAUGCACCUUCGUCCCAUGGGUGACCUGGGCCAGCUUAUCUUUCUGGAAUGGAAUGGGAGAGACAAAGAUUCUAUCCAACGAGCAGUACAGCACAGCAAUGUGGUCAUCAAUCUUGUUGGACGGGAAUGGGAAACUAGAAACUUUUAUUUUGAAGAUGUUUUUGUGAAGAUUCCCCAAGCAAUUGCUCAAGUGUCCAAGGAAGCUGGAGUUGAAAAAUUCAUCCACAUUUCACAUCUGAAUGCUGAUAUUAAAAGCUCUUCUAGAUAUCUGAGAAAUAAGGCUGUUGGAGAGAAGGAGGUGAGAGAAGCAUUUCCGGAAGCCACUAUCAUAAAGCCAUCGGACAUCUUUGGAAGGGAGGACAGAUUCCUCAAUCAUUUUGCAAAGAGUCGUUGGUUUGGUGGUGUACCUCUUAUUUCCUUGGGAAAGAAGACAGUGAAACAACCAGUAUAUGUUGUAGAUGUAUGCAAAGGAAUUAUUAAUGCAAUUAAGGAUCCAGAUGCCAAAGGGAAAACCUUUGCUUUUGUUGGGCCAAAUCGAUACGUCCUCUUUGACCUGGUACAGUACAUCUUUGCUAUGGCUCACAGACCCUUUCUCCCAUACUCCAUGCCACAUUUUGCCUAUCAAUUGUUGGGAAGACUCUUUGAAAUUAGCCUGUUUGAGCCCAGGACAACGAGGGAUAAAGUGGAGCGGAUUUAUAUCACAGACAUGAUAUCACCUCACCUGCCUGGCUUAGAAGACCUUGGUAUUCAGGCAACACCACUGGAACUCAAGGCUGUUGAGGUGCUGCGGCGUCAUCGCCCUUACCGCUGGCUGUCUGCUGAAAUGGAGGAAGUGAAGCCGGCCAGGACCGUCAACAUCUAGUGCCCUCUCAGUAGCUCUUGGUUCUGGGUGUCAUUCAUGUCACGUGGCUAGUGGUCAGCCUACAUUCUUCAGAGAAUCCUGUUCAUACUGAAUAAGAUCCCUCGAUUAAAACAUCUAAGGUUAAA